CACAUAUUUAUCUGUUAUCUAUAUUAUCGCCGUUGUUUACUCCUUCUUGGGUCUACGCCUUUUUCCUGACUGCAAUUAUGUCAAUAAUUUUAUUAAUAAGUAGAACUACGCACUCGACGGGGAAUAAAUCACUCGUUACGUAUGCGUCAAUACGUUAUCGAAUGCUUUGCUUUCACUCUACGUAUUAAUAAAUGACUGCAGUGUUAAAAAUCGCAGCGUCAAGGGCUGCGUUUCGUAGUUUGUCAUCGUAUUCCACUCGCGUUCCAAAAAAAAUGGUGAGUAAAAUAAACUAUAUUGAAUUUGGUUCUCUAUGCAUUAAUUUAAUCCCGAGCCGUCCAGUACCUUCCGAAAGUAUUAUUUUAUAAGACGUGUUGUUACUAAAUAGCUGUAAAUAUCGUUUAGAUUUUUAAAAACCCAAUUUCCCAUACAAAUGUGGUCAGUUACUUUAAUUCUUAUCUUCGUCACCAGAUAUCUAGCUACUUUAUCUGUAGCCCAUAUAUUUCUCUGAUUACUGACUAUUUAUCUAUUCACCUAUAUUUAUAAGCAUACGCACGGAUGAGGCAGGAGAGGCAACUGCCUCCCCUGCGAGAUUUCUCGCUAAAAUAUUUUAAAAAAAUUGAUAUAUUGUUUAGAAAUUAAAUUCUCUUAAAAAUGUGUAGUUACUUUUUACAUUUUCAUCAAGAUUGUAAUUUUGAUAACACAAUAUGAUUAAUGCAUACAAUUCUAUGGAAUUUUAUUAAAUUAUUUUAGGUAGAUAUAUAUUGUAUUUCUGUUACUAAUUAUAUAGUACAAUCCAUUGAACGUUUUGAUUAUUAUUAAUUAAAGGUAGGAUUUAUUUUAAAUUAUGGAAGUAUAAGCAUCUUCUCAAUUUAAAUCAGUACCUAUAUAAUGUAUAAUAGAUUAAAUUAAUUGAAUUUUUUUAAUUUGUUUGAUAGCAUUGAGGUUAUUGAGGUUAUUAUACUAGUACAACUCAACAAUUAUUUAAAAAUUGAUUUUAUAUCAAGAAUAUUAUUCUGACAUUUAUACAUUGCAAUUAUUUUAAUUGUCUUAGGCUAGCCAAUUAACCAAAGAACAGAGAGAAGAAUUACUCAAACCAUUAUUUUCAAAUCAAUGGUCAUUAGUGAAAGACAGAGAUGCUAUAUAUAAGGAAUAUUUAUUCUCUGAUUUUGUCGAAGUAAGUACUAAUGUGUAGGAAGUAUUUACAACCAUGUUUUUAAUUAAAUUGUAAGAGGCACUAUACCUGCAUUUACUAUCUCCAUUAGGUAACAAACAAGAUUACCUUAAUUAGAAAAUAAAUUGUAAUGUUCAGAUUGGAAUUUCACCUAUGGGGUGUAACAUAUUAUGUAUAAUAUAUUAUUAUGUCCAAAGUUAGAGCAUCUUUUAAUAAACUUAUUUAGAAAGGAGAAUAUUUUUGAGGUUAUACUUAUUUUUUUUCUAAACAAUAGUCACACAAAAAAAAUAAGUUAUUUUAAAAAACAAUACUAACAUGGCUACACAAAGCCCUUAAUUUAUUCUUCUCUUCAAAUUUUGUUAAUUUUGUUUAAACUUUAAUUUCAACCUAAAUGUCAACAUUUAUAUAAUAUUUAGUUAAUGUAAAUAUAACAUUCUCUUAUGGUGAUAAUCCAGAAAAUGUGUCAUGUCCAUAGGUAUAAUAUAUACAGUGAAUCAUUUAUUUCACAACAUCCAUUAUUUCAAAAAGUCCUCUUUUUUAAAAAAGAAUUGUUAGAAACAUGCUAUUCUAAAAUGUUAUACUAAAAUUGUUUUGUAAUGUAAACGCUUUGCAUUUUAAUAAUAUUCCACCACUUUUCCCCCACUGAAAUUUAAAAGUGGAAUAUUUCAUCAAUGAUUACUGAAUACUACCAAGAUUACAAUGGUCAAUCAGAAUACAAGGCACACAUUUCAGGGAUACUGCCUUUAAAAGUAUAAAUGUGGAAGUGCAUGUGUAAUUUUAUAUUAUUUUUUUUUAACUUUUGCAUAUAUUAAAUUGAAUUAAAUAAUUAUUUUUAGGCUUUUGGAUUCAUGGCACAAGUUGCUUUGAAAAGUGAAAAAAUGAAUCAUCAUCCUGAAUGGUUUAAUGUUUACAAUAAAGUUCAAAUUACAUUAUCCACACAUGAUGUAGGUGGAUUAUCAAUGAAUGAUAUUAACCUUGCCUUAUUCUUAGACAAGAUUGAAAAAACCAUCAAAGGUUCUGUUUGAUUACAAUUAUUUUUAAUUAAUUAACAAAAAAAAUAAAUUGAAUGAAAUAUUAUAAAAAUAUACCUACUCAUUUUAUUUGUUGUUCUUUUAUAAUAUUUGUACGAUUAGUUAAUCUAAUAUGCUGAUAAAAAAACUGUUAAGACACAUAAAUUUAUUUAAAUUGUAUACAUUUUAAAUAACAGACAUGGAUAUUUAAUUUAUUAUUUUGGUUUUUUUUUAAAAAAUAAAACUGCAUACAUUAUCAAUUUUCAUAAAAAAUGAAAAGUAAACAGUGAUUGUGCUUGAAUUUCCAUAAUAUUAUUUUUUUAUAUUUCUUUGAAAUAAUUUUAAGCAAAAUAUAUUACUAUAGUAAUCUAUGUAAAGUUCAGAAUGAUUGUUUAUAUUAUAAUUACAAUAUAUUUGUAUAAACUUAUUCAAUUACUCAUUCUAAAACGGUUCAAAUAUCAUUAUCAAAUGAACCGGUGUAUCACAGUACAGGUAACAUUAUAUUUUUCACUGUACCAGUUACAGGUUAAAAAUAUGUAUUUAGAAAAUUAAAAAAAUAUGUCACAUAAUAAAAUAUUUUAUUGCAGCGCGAUAAUAUUUUUUAUACCAUUGAUAACUUACAUGAAUUAUUAGAAUUAAACAAAAUGAGAAAACAAAAAAUAAUUGUUUUGAAAAUAAAAAAAUUUCAUCUCAAUAACUACAGUUUUCAAAAAAAAAAAUACAUAUGUGAUGCAUACAUAUAUGGUAUUUUAAUUUUUUGAAUAUAAUCUAUGUUUACUCAUUUAUUCCAUUUUUACUAAGUUUUUGUUAAUUAUGUAUGGAGUUUAGAUAUUUAUACACUUAAAAUAACUAUGUUAUGUUUAAUUUUAUGCAUUCAAAAAUUUACCAAUAUGUAUUCAAAAUAAGCACUAAAAAUCAUAAAAUGUUCAUUUGUAGCAGAAAAAAAUCACCAAAUAUGGGCAAAAUAAUUUAUUUUACUUAAGUAUUUAAUUUUUAUUAGUAGUUUUUUUUUUUUUAAUUUGUUUAAAUUGUUUGCUUUUUGCUUAAUAGUUGUUAUUAAUUGUUUUUAAUAAAGUUAUAAGCUAUAUAUUAUACUUUUACAAAAAAUCUAAUGUUAAUAAACUGUGUAUAUACAUGUUUUUAUAGGUAAAGCCCGAAUUAAUCAAAAGCAACAACUUAAAAAUUCAUUUUUCAUUACAUUGGAUACAAAUAUUCAUGUUAUAUUUCAUUAUUAUUACCUGGAUGGUAUAUAAUGAACUUAAUUUAGAUAGAUUUAUAUAUAACUUUAAAUAGGUUUUAAACAAUAAGGAAAAUGAAUAAUUUAAUUUAAAUAAUAUAUAUAUAUCUCAUUUAUUAAAUAAUUUGUUGUAGACAAUAACUAAUUUGAUAGUCAAAUACUAUACAAUUCUUAAGAUUAAAAAAAAAAAUCAACAUUAUUUAUAGUACUGUAACUUAAUAUUUGAUUGAGGAAGUAGUUUUUUUUUAAUGUCAUAUUCCUUAGAAGUAUUAUAUCAAUUAAAGAAUUCUAUUAAAUUUAAUGGACAGAAUUUUUAAUCUAUUUUAUACUGAACACCAUCAAACCCUCUCAUAAGUUAUUUGAGAAUUGGGGGCCUUCUUAAAUUUAAAAUUGUGUAGGUUUUCGAGUGUAUCAAAUAAAGUUUUUAGAAGUUCAUCUGUUAAACAUUUAGCACAAUCAGUAUCUAAAGUCAAAUCAAAUAAUGGCCAUUUUGUUUUUAUUGGUGGAAUCAAGGUUUCUGGAAAAAAUUUGUAUUCAUAGCGUAGUUUUGCUCAAAUUAAACUUUUAUUAACAAGUUAAACUUUUUCAGCCUGAUAUCAAUAGUUGUAAUUGAUUGCAUUAAUUCAGGUGUUGCAUCAAUAUUUAUCAAUUCAAGGGAUUCAAGGUAAAAUUAAUAAUAGUUGAAUACAUUAGUAAUAUCUUUUACAAUCAAGUGACUAUCUUACACAGUUGAAACAAGUUUUUUAAUUGCUUUGGUUCUCAAUGAAUUCUUCAUAAAUUAUUUUUGUUAAUGUUAUCAAUCAGAAAAUGAUCUAAUGCCAAUUGUUCAAGCAAGUCAAGUCUUUUAAUUUUAUUUAAAUCAUCUUUAAUACUUAAUUGAAAGUAAUCAAUUAUUAAUACUUUUAAUAAUUGAGUUUCAUUUAACAUUGCAUAUAAAAUGCCAUCAACAAAUUCAACUGUAUCAAAAAAUUCCAAAAAGAUUACUUUGGCUGCUAACAAUGGCCAAGUAAUCUUUACCCAAUGAUUUUAAUUUACUUAAUUAUCAUCAAUAUCUUGAAAAUAUGUUAUCCCUAAAAUGCAAAUUUAAAAAAAAGAGUACACUUUUGCAAAUACUUUGAGUGCAUAUUGAAGUAAAAGGUUAUUUGAAUUUUUUUUAAAUUAUAACUUCAUUUUUGACCAUUCUUGAAUGACCUUUAAACAUUUAUUUAAAUUUGCAUAUAAUUCAAAAGUAUAAUAUUAAACAUAAAUUCAAAGUAAUAUAAUUUGAUAGUAACAAUAUAGCAGUUUAGGGCCCAAGCAUAUAUGAAAGAAGAUAUAACAAAAUACUAUACAGUUUUUGAUUGUCAAAAAUUAAUAAUUACAUGGAAAGAAAAAAAAAUCUUAAGGAAAAAGAGUAUAUAAUUUUGAAAGAUCUAUUGUGCAAUGAAUUAGUUUAUUUAUUAGCAGUCUCUAUAUGAUAAACAGAAGUACAAUUUAUUAUAAAUAGUAUCUUAAAUACUAGCAUUACAUACAUAAUAAC